AUUAAAUUCCACAUCCGGGUGCCAUUGGUUAUGGCUCCUUUAAAGUUUUUUUUAAGUUUUUCAUACAUAACUAUUUACAGUAAACAAUCAUUUCUGAUUACUUUUUAAAAGAAAAUGAAACCCUACAUGAAAGGAAAAAUCCAAAUUGAGAAACCAAGCAGAAGAAUAGAAACUCUAAUAAAAAAGAAAUGUGAAACUUAUUUGGAAUAUCUAACACAUGUGAAAUAAUUGAUGACUGUUUUAAGAAUGGUAUAAGCAUUAGUGCUUUCAUUACCUUUGAUUUAGUGAAGAAUAAAGAAUUUUAUGUUCCUCUGCCCUAAGAAAGACAUUAUGGAUCAGAACAACAAAUUGAUUUAAAAUAUUGUCAAAAUGUUCCAAUUAUGCGUAAAUAAGACUACUCGGAUGAGACUUGAAGAUGAGUGACUGCUCUCCACCAUCUGACACUCCAUCUGGUGGGGAACAGGAGCCCACUAUGGUCUCUGUGCCUGUAGUGGGCUCCACUGACAACAUGGCUACCUCCUGGAAUAAUGGCCUCUGCUCUGCCGAGAUCAUGACCUCCGAUUCUGCAAGCUACCUGCACGAUGCUGAUUCAACAUCAGGUUCCUUGGGAGCAUGCGAUGAUGAGCGGAUGAUGGUCGAUGGUGCUUUGCGGUCUUCACUCACUGUUAAUGCUAUAGUCACUCAGGAAUCUGGCUCACAAGAGUCGGAAAACAGCGAAGACCACUUGAGUGUUGUUGACAACAUCACUGCGCAGAACUUCUUACGUGAGUCAGAUCUGAUGAAUGCAGCAUCGACUGCCUUAGGCCAUAAGAAGUCUCCAUCAUCAGGCGAUCAUGAACACAAUCUUCUGUCUCUGGAACAGCAUUCAGUAACCAGCAGUCAGGACCACAUGGAGAUGCAGAGCCUUCUUCAAGAGCAGCAGGACCUGGAUGGGCCAGUGUCCAAUUACCACUUGGACAGCUCGCAGACCUCUGAGCUGUCCGUGGAGAGUACGCCUCAUUUAGAUAUUGGUUCCAACUUACCUGAGGUAGUGCCUGGUGAUGGAGUGUGCCUGUCACCAUCAUCGAACAGCAGUGCAUCUUCUUUGGAUCUAUCUUCAGGUGUGAGUAUAUCAUCCAACAUUGGGUUGCCUCCAGUGUCCACCAUCAUCCGAUCAUCUGCAAAGGGGAGGUUUGAUGCUUUCUGUAGGCCUUCUAACAUCAACCUGAUCAUGGGUAUUCCUCAGUAUCUGAGCAACAGUAACUCUUUUGAUGUAAUGACUUCUAUGAACAACAUCCAACGCUUGUCUUCGAGUCCCUGCGACUCUCUCAACAAUGUUUCCUUAGCUAGUCCGAUGGAGGUUUCAUCUUCAAGACACAAUGCCUGUACAGAUAUAGUAAUGGAAAAUGUAGAUGUUCCUCUGUCAUCAUCAUUAGUGUGUUCGUCCACCCCUAUCGGCCAUGUUGAGAGCCGAUGCAUUAAAGCUAAUACUGUGAUGUCUUCUCUGGGACCAGACAUGAUGGAUAAAGAUGCCUUGUCAGAAAUGACAGACUCUGAACAUGGUUUUGAUCUACCCAGUAGAACUAUUUCGAAUUUUGUUGGGGUGGUCCCACUGAGGGAAAUAAUGCAUAUAUCCACUUCCCCAUCCCAACAUCUGUCACCCAUGGCAAUCGAAGAAAUGCAGAAAGUGGCUGAGAUCAGUGAGCAGCUGCAGUCAGGAGAUGGGAUGGAGGGUCCUUUUUCUUUGCAUUCAGAGGAUGAGUCUAUUGCUCGGGUCAUGCUCUCCCCCCACUUUAGUGUAGAGAACAACAUACAGCAUACAGAUAAUUAUGUUGAUUGUAUCAGCCAGCGUUCCCAACCAACAUCCAUCUCAGCCAUUGAGACAAAUGUCAUCAUGUCCACAUCAAACAUAGAUUCCUCUCCUAAGUUUACUGCUGCUGAAAUUAAAGCUAUUGAGCAGAGACUAUCAGAACACUCUCGUAAUGCAGCCAUGGAAGAUAGUAUGGGUGAAUCGGCUCUGGAUUCAGAAGUGAUUAUUCCAGAUUGUAUAGAAACAUCCCAGAACUCUGAUAUUAUUUAUUCUGAUGUGCAUGAUGUGUUGAGUGGAGAUUCGGAGGAACAGAAGAUCUUGAAGGCCCAUAAUUCAACAAGGUCAACUAUCAUCGAAAAAAAUCUGUUACAGCAGUCGCAGGUUGUCAAGAAUGAGUCUACUGUGAUAACAAGUGCAGAAAAUUUGUCCUCUAAUAAAAUAACUGCUAUCAAAGUGUCGCAAAAUGAAAACAACGGUGACAUAAUCACUAUCAGGAUGGCUGGGAAAGUGGCUGUUUCAGAUGGUGAACAUGAUACGGGUGUGACUGCUGUGAACCCUUCUGCCGUGACAGCUAGCGUUAUUCAACAACUUUUGAGGGCACAAUCGCCCCCAACCAAGUUGAGAACUAAUAUGCAGCGUGUACCUAAGGGUGUUAUUACUUCUGUGAUGUCAACAAAGGGUGAUUCUAUCAUCCAUCAAGAUAUCUUGGUUCCCACAUCUUCACCUUCAACUGUGAAGAAAGAAGAUGGAAGUGAUCCAGGGAUUUCUGUUUCUAAAGAUUCAUCGCUGGUGGACAAUUCAAAUAGCUCUAAAGAUAAAUUAGAUAUUAGUGAACAUUCCGUGAUCAGCCACGGGAGUAAAUCGCCCCCUUCAUCUGAUGAAAAAGAUGCAUCUCUCCCCAACAUAACCACUACAGUGUUACCUUCUCUGUUCACUAACCUUUCUGCCAGUGCGCUUGCUUCUUUGCAGUCCACUUUGUCUUCAGCCCUUCCCCUUACUUCCCUGCCCAACAUCAGCAUUGGUGACAGCUCUGCUGUCAUCUCUCAUUUGCCUUCUGUAUCACCCACUCUGUCAUCACCACCCCUCUCCCCAAUUUUGUUACCCAGUAUCCUCUCUUCAACUUUAAGAAAUGUUUCAUCUGGGGUCCCUUCAACUCUUCUGGACUCCAUAGUGACCUCCAACUGUGUGACUUCCACCAGUAGCAUGUACAGUGGGCUCUUAAAGACAGUUGGUUUGGUCAAACAGGAGCCUGGGUCAGGUCCAUUGCCCCCCUUCACGGUGGUCCAUGGACUCUCACCGUUGGUGAAGCGCUCGAAUCUGAUUGGUGCUAAUCCUACGAGCGCCCAGAUCCCCGUGGUGACCAUCAAGCAGGAGCCCGGAUCCUCCCGAGCUUCAGUGAGUGCCUCAGAAUUCAACCCUUCCAUAAUCUUGAAUGCCGGUACUGCAUUGCCCGGCAUUGCCUCCAUACAUCUUCCUCCUGCAGCUGCUGCGGUCCAACUGCCCGUGGUCGUGACCAGCUCGGUUGCGAUAUCGACCUCUGCGCUAACAAACCCAGUGCCUUCGCAAGCUUCGACCAUCGCAUUCGCGGGGAGCACCCCCACCUCGACAGUUGACUCUUCAGCUGAAAAGCCUUCUUCAGACAAAAAGUGGAACUGCCUCAUGUGUAAGAAUGGGAGUCCAUGUGGUUUACAUCCGACUCAGCCCAGGCUGACUACUCCUCCCCAACCAGUUUUAUCAGGUGACCCUGCAAAGCCUUUUCAGUGUACGCUGUGUGGCAAGCACCUUGCCUCUAAGAAUGUGUACCAACUGCAUCUGCGGAGCCAUUCUGGUGAGAAGCCUUUCACGUGUAACCUUUGUGGCCACCACUUCUCCCAGAAGACCUCAUUGACCAGGCACAUGCGAUCACACACUGGGGAACGACCCUUCCCUUGUGACGUAUGUGGGAAACGCUUUGCAGAUAAGGAGCGCAUAAAAAUCCACAUGCGCACCCACACAGGGGAGAAGCCCUUUGCCUGUGAGGUGUGUGGCAAGCGCUUUUCUCAGAAGUCCACUGUGAAGAGGCACAUGAGUGUACACACCGGAGAGAAGCCAUUCAAGUGCGAGUCGUGCGGCAAGGGUUUUGCGAAUCGUGGGAAUCUGAAUGCACACAGUAAAACUCAUGCUAACACAUGACACUUCUGUUGGCAGGAGGAGAGAAUAGCAUACUUAUGUACACACACUCACCUUGUAUAUUCGACUCUGGGGUGUUUCUCACACUCUGAGGAAGAUUCCAAAUGUAGUAUAAGAUUGUACAUUUUUACAAUAAUUUUUAGCAAAUAACCUCAAUUUAGAAGUUAUAGAGAAUGUUAACAACUUGAUACUGAAUUGUUAGCAAGCAUUCAUAUAUUAUAUGUAUAUGAAGAUAUACAGUAUCAUCGUCCUACAAAGAGUGAUCUUUUUUUGUUAAAACACUGUUGUCGAGUAGAGACCAUCUUUGGAUUUUGAAUGGUUUUUGCAGUUUUACUAAAGUACAAACAAAUAACUUCUGUUAUUGCAAUAUCAAAGCAGUAGUUUCUUAACAUUUUAGAUCUUUCGAGCGAGAGAGAGAUUUAUCGUAGAUCGUUUUUAUCACAUGCACAUAUCUAGUAUAUAGCUAGAAGUAUUAAAGUUUAUAUAUAUUAUAAUGUUAUGAUUAGCAUAAUAUUUGCUAUUGUUUUCAGAGUUGUUUCAAAUCUUGAAGCAUAGUCAUGUUGCCAUUUGUUAACCAGGUACGAAGAUGCGUGCUAUUAGUUUUCCUAUAGAGCAGUGAGAAAUAGCCAAUGGGAGUAUGCUUAAGCCAUUGAUAUGCGAGAGGCUGCCUGUGUGUGUGAAUGUCGAGGAGUGCAUCUCAAGGAUUUUAUUCAAACGCUUUGGUUCACACUCUAGCCCUUUUUGAUAAACCAACUCUCAACUUUUAUUGCUUUUUUUUGUUUGUUGACUGUCAGCCAAGCUGGUCAGACCUUCCUCAGGAACCUCAUUGAGAUAUCUGAAUCGGAUAUUCUUUUACUUUGUAUUCUUGGUAUAAAAUAAAAGGUAACCUAACUCAUUAAAAAUAUAAACUUUAAUUUAUAAUUACUAUGAUAAGUAUAGUAAUCAUUUUCAAAUAUGCAAGAAAUGCAGUCAAUAUUAAUACUAGAAUUGAUAUUGACUGUUAAAUCAGCUUAUUAAUUUCUUUUUUUUUAAAAAAAAUUUACCUGCCAUAGUAAUUUCAUUGGAAAUUAUUUUCAUCAAAUUUUCCCCAUUUUUUCUUUCUUUUAGAAAAGUGAACACAUUUCUCCUGCAAUUGGGAAGGUCUGGCUUGCAUUUAGAAGUGAAAGUCUUUUAAAAAAAGUCUUUAUAUAUUGAGCCCUCUAAUCUUAGGCAUUAAAGAUUUUAAGAUUAUAUCUACAUUUAAAAGAAUAUUUUAGAAUUCAUGCUGUUUUUAAAUUUGCAAAUGAUACUUGUUGAUAGUGUACCUAGCUUGUAAUGUAUUUUUCUGCCAAAGGUCGUAAUGGAGUUCAAGUUAUAAACUUCAGUACCUUUCUUUUCUAUUAUCUUAUUAUCUCUGAUGGGAUUGUUAUUUUUAAAGCAAAUAUGUGUAAUUUGAAAACAAAAAUGUGUAAUUGUCCUUUUUUUUCCCCCUCAUUUAACAUUUCAUAAGCUGUAUUUCAAAAUGAGUUCUUUUCCCAAGAAAGUUUAUUCCCAAAAAUCCAAAAAUUAG